AAAAUAACAAAAUAGAAGUACAGUGGGAGGGAGAACAGUGUGUAGCCUACAAGGCAGGUUAGCUUGCUAUAUAUGUUCACAUCCUAUUCGAUCGGAUAUUGACAUUGCAUGCAUCGCGGUGACAUGCAAAAUAUAAGGAGAUGCGUUUUUAUUUACGAUUGCACACAAUUCCUACAACAAGAAAGAGUUUGACAUGAAAGUGAAUCGCUAGCUAACCAGCGAAAGUGUGGCACUGUAUUUUAGGCUACUGUGUGAAAAUAAACUGGAAGAUGACAGACAUCGGACUGUAUGGAUAACUGUCCAUGGAGAUCAUCUAAUUCGCUUUUAUAUGGAUUUUAGACCAACUACAAAUAGAGGAUUUCUUAUUUGAAAAGCUUUGAUCAGCUGUCAUUAUGGCCAACAUAAAGUCGCGCAGUGAGUCUGAGGAUGAAGAUCUACACUCCACAGAUCCUGAGAGUAAGGACAAGAGCAAAGACAAGAAGAUACUGUGCAAAGGCAAAUGGUCUCGCGAUGAGGACGAGAGGCUGAAGAAGUUAGUGGAGCAGCAUGGAGCAGACUCCUGGAAAUUAGUAGCUAAUAAUUUUCAAGGAAGGACAGAUGGCCAGUGUCAGCACCGCUGGCAGAAGGUGCUCAACCCAGAGCUGGUGAAAGGACCUUGGACAAAAGAGGAGGAUCAGAAGGUGAUUGACCUGGUUCAUAAAUAUGGCCCCAAGCGCUGGUCUGUGAUUGCCAAGCACCUGCAGGGGCGGAUCGGGAAGCAGUGCCGUGAGCGCUGGCACAACCAUCUGAACCCUGAGGUGAAGAAGUCCUCCUGGACCCAGGAAGAGGACAGCAUCAUCUACCAGGCCCACAAACGCCUGGGCAACCGCUGGGCCGAGAUCUCCAAGCUGCUGCCUGGAAGGACAGACAACUCCAUCAAGAAUCACUGGAACUCCACCAUGAGGAGGAAAGUGGAGCACGAGGGGUACCUCCAGGAGGGCUGCAGGGGAUUCAGCUCAGAGCAUGGGGGGUUGAAGCGACGCCACCACAGACCCUGUGUCCCCCAACUAGACACCCCCCACGGUGGGCACAGCCCUCUGGGCAUAGCUGGACCAACUCAGCUUGGGGGUUACCUCUAUAGCCCUCACUGUGGCCAGCUGAUGGACAGCCUCCCAGACUCCUCCAGCUACUUAUUGCCGUCCUGCCAUGAUGACCCAGACAAAGAGCAGAGAAUUAAGGAGCUUGAGCUGCUGCUUAUGUCAGCAGAGACCGAGGUCCAGAGACAGGCCCAGUGCCGAGGCCCAUGUAGUGUGGAGCAUUACUCCAGCUGGGCAGACAGUGUGUCAGAUGACACCAUGACCACCAGCAGCAGCAGUCUGGAGGAUCAGAGUGAGGGAGGCUGGAGGGGGGCAGAGGAAGGCCAAGGGCCACCAGUGGAGCAGGCUGAGGGGGGCUGGAGGGGGGCAGAGGAAGGCCAAGGGCCACCAGUGGAGCUGGCUGAGGGGGGCUGGAGGCUGGCAGAGGAGGGUCAACACCAGGUUCAGCGCCAUGUCUCCCCCAGUAAGUUCCUGGCUGUGGAGGCUAGUUCUGUGCUCUCCACCCUGCAGACCAUCCCCGAGUUCGCAGAGACCAUGGAGCUCAUCGACUCGAUGUGUCUGGCUCUACAGGACCCUAUGACAUGGAGCGAGGCGGCCAGCUUUGACGUGUCUGAGGCGACGACCCCCCCGAAACAAACACAGGGGAGCUACGUACCCCAGGGGAGGACCACAGAGGGGAUGAGGUAUACCAUUGACCCCUCCAACGACAUCUCAACAAAGCACUGUGCCCCCAUGAGUCAGCGGAAAGUCCACACCCCGAACAACGUGCCCAGACCAGGCCUGCCGUCCCUGGGGAGGAGGAAGAGGACAGAGAGGGUGGACCAGUCCCCUGAUGGGAGCCGUGCGUCCUUCUUAGAGUCACCCAGCAUCAACUCGCCCAAGAACACCCCCACAAAAGCACGGCCUUUCACCCUCUCCCAGUUCUUCAACACAUCAGGAGGAGAGCAUCUGAGCCUGGACAACCCUGCUCUGACCUCUACCCCGGUCUGUGGCCAGAACUAUCUCCUCAACACACCCUUCCAGAAAGAGACCACGCCCAAACACCAGAAAGAGAACAUGGGUUUCAGGACCCCUAAGAUUCAUAAGACCAUAAUGGUUCCGACUCCCAGAACUCCUACUCCAUUUAAGAACGCCCUGGCCGCCCAGGAGAAGAUGCAUGGGCCGCUAAAGAUGGUGCCCCAGCCCCUGGCCUUUCUGGAGGAAGAUAUCAGGGAGGUGCUGAAGCAGGAGAUAGGAUCAGACAUCUUCACCAGAGAACCACAACCAGACUUCAGGACAUGGAAACAUGAUGUGGAUGGCCCAGCCAGGAAGGUGCGUAAGUCCCUGGUACUGGACUCCUGGGGGAAAGACUGUCUUAACGUCCAGCUAUACCAGGACCAGCUCAAUAAUGCACUGGUCCCAGAGGAGAGUUUGUUAACCAGCUCCUUAUUGAUGACCCCACUCCCGGAGAGAGACAGAGAGGAGCGCCCCUGCCCCCCCUCGUCUGGGAAGGAGGGGUCCUGUGGCCCCCGGCGCCACCUUCCCAGCCCCCGCAAGAGGAAGAAUCCCCCCUCGGUCAGAAUUUCCCACCACGAUUCACCUGGACAGGUCAACAACCAGUGGGAAGCAGUGGUUUAUGGGAAGACGGAGGACCAGCGGAUUAUGACAGAGCAGGCCCGGCAGUACCUGAGUAGCACCUACACGUCCACCGGCUGCACCUCGAGGGCGCUUGUGCUCUGAGACCUACGUCCUCACACACUACAUCUGUCCACGCUCCUUCUCAUAAUGACUCUUAACAUACUUAGACAAUCUGGUGUAGAUCUACUCAAAUCAUUUAGACAUUUGUGUAUUUAUAAGAUCGGUAACUGAACACUCAAGUGUACCACAGAAUACUUUACAGAAAAGGUAAGACUGUCAUUUUUCUGGGUCACACUGCCCGGUUGUCAUAAAUUGCUUUGUUUGUCUUUUGAAUACCACCAGCCGUUGACCUCCUAGCCAUGUAACAGGGUUGUACAAUACUCAAUUUCCUGCACUAGUUUAUAAUGUGUUAAAACUGAACAACCUGCACAUACAGUAAGUAGCAAGCUGUAGAAAUAGUUGUUGUAUUACUACUGUAGCAGUGACUGCUUAUGAGUUUCAUAUUGUUAAUAUAUUGUUUAAACAAAAAUGAAAAAAUACAUUUUAUGAUGUAACAUUACAUGUAUAUGUAUAUUCAGCUUGUUUGUAGAACUACCCUGUACUGCUAAACCUGUUGUUAUGAAGUCUUGAGAGAGAAAGAGAGGAGAGAGAGAGAGCUGUCAGUAUUGCACUACUGAGUAGGGGUUGGCUGCAGAGAAACGGUCAGUGUUGAGGAGGUAACUGGAUAGUACAAUGAAGUUUCCAUUCCAAGGCCAUACUUCCCUUUAGCAGUCUCAAAUUGAGACUUUUGUUGAAUGUAUUUCAUAGCUUGAAACUGCGAAGAAACUCAAAAUGGAAGGGUACCUUUUUUGUUCAUUUGUUUGUUUUUAUCUUAUUUUAUUUAUUAUCUGUUCUCUAAAACGUAGAUAUUAAUAUAAGUGUAAAUUGAACACAAAGUUUCCAUUGAGAAAUGUACCUUUGCUGACAGUCUAAAACCCUUCUGAAACCCUUUGACCUAUAAGGUCAGUUCUACCACACUGAACCUAGAUCAGAAUCCAGUUGUCAUGUUUGGUACAGACACAUAGCGCUCAUGUCAUCAGUGUGCUAAAGCAAGCAUUUUAGUUGAGGUUCUAUUUAUUCAAUGUUUACUAAUUUAUUUAUUUCAAAAAAAUUGAAAAAUAAAUGAUCAAAUAAUGAUAUUUUCUUUCUAUCAGAAAAAGGAUUGGGCUACCUUUCAACUCAUUUCUACGAAUUAGACAUAACAAGCGAACAUGCACUACCACUAAUCUCUUUCAUUCAGUCAUUGUUUUAACUAUCCGAUUGAGUUAAUGACCAUUGUAUAGUGACAUCACCGAGUUGUUGAUAUUGGUAGAACAGUUUCCCCUGGAAUCAGAGUCUCUUUGUAUUCUCCAUAGGUAGUAGCAGGAUUCCGUCUCCAACCUCUAAUAGACAAAUUGCACUUUUCUCAUCGUUUAAGUGUUUUGUUCAUUUGUUUGUUGUGUGUUUUGUUUGUUUCAUUUAUUUAAAUCUAGUGCCAUUGGAUGAAUGUGUCACGACAUGUGACUAUUAAACACUGACAUACAGAUGUAAAGACAGAGCUGUUUAAAAUCCAUUGUUUAUAAGUAAUAAUUACAAGUACAACACAAGAUAUUCAACAUACAAUGAAAGAUGAAGCUUUUACGUCUUUAUGUGACAAUGCGGUCUUCUAUGGCUCUGAUUGGUUGCCUCUAUAAUAGGGAUGCAGCACAGUAUCUAUGGUCCCUGUGGUGAUGGUGGGUGUCAUUUGUUCCGACUGUCUUCCAGCUGUUUAGAAUCUAGAUUAUAAUGGGGAUCCAGCAUUAAGUGUGUUUGAGAAUAAGAAGGGAAUCUCCUCAGGAGAGAUCAAGUGGAAAGAUCAUGUAUGUUCACCCUCUCUGAACUCCACAGAACCACACUUUCUGAACGUUCUUAUUUUCCGACAUCUAACAGCUACAGUAAAUAUGGAUAUAUGGUUGUUCUCUGUUCUGUCGGUUGGUUUGACUUCAGUAUGUUUUGUUUGUAACAUGUUUAUACGUAACACUUGGACAUCUAACCCUAGGUUAUAAGGGAAUUGAGUAUAUUUAUAGUAGCAGUUGUUGUCAUAAUCAUGCAUGAACAAUAAGCAAUACGUUGAACUUUUCAGUGAUCGUGUUUUUAUUACAACUACAAUAAUCACAGACGUAACACUUCCAUUAUGUCAUUUUCAAAGUUUACUGUAUUUUCUGCUGAAAUCAUAACCAGGUACCAUAGAAUUCCCGCCAACUGCCAUUGUAACCAUGUACUAUAAUAUGUAAUAAUAAUAAAAUGUUAUUGCAUUGCG